GCACACGCAGCCUUACACGUGCGGAGCGCAUCGAAAAGCCAGCGCAUGCCUCCCAGCGACUCCAAAAAUCCACCGCUAAGCCUGAAAAUGCAGCCAUGACGAGCGCCCUGCCACCGUACCUCGCCCCGGCCGCCGACGCGCUAAACAAGGGAGACGCCCUGGCCGUCGUCGCGCGGGGGCUGGGCGGGACGGUCCACCUCGCGGCCGACGUAAUCAGAAGGGCGCUCGAAACGAGGGAGGACGCGCAGCCUAUAAUAGUGCUCAACGCGCAGCAAAGGGAAGGGGCGCUGCGCGAGGAAUUAUGGAGAUGUGGCGUCGACGUGGAUAAAGUGAUGGCGCGGCACCGCGCGGCGGAGACGAGCCGGACGGAACGGCGGGCCUUGUACGCGACGGGCGGCGUCGUACUGUGCGGCGCGCGCGCGGCGUGCGUCGAUUUGCUCGACGGGACGCUCGACGCUUCUAACAUAAAAGGCAUUCUCGUCCUGGACGCGGAGCGCUGCGCGGAGAGCUCGCCGGAGGCCUUCGUCGUGAGGCUGUUCCGGGACCGCAGUACCCAGGGGUGGGUGCGAGCCAUCUCCGAGGCGCCAGAGCGGUUAGGCGGCGGCUUCGCGCGCCUGGCCAAGGUCGUCAAGACGCUGUCCGUGUCAAGUGUCGCGCUCUGGCCGCGCUUCGAGAACGGUAUCGCCGACUGCCUGGAAAAGAGCCCUCCAUCGAUAACCGAGGUCUCGACCAACCUCGACGAAGGCGCUUCCCUACUCCAACGGCGCGUCGUGGCUGCGAUAGCUGCCUGCGCCCGCGAACUGAAAGGAAGGUGCGCCGGAUUGCGGGGCGCCGACGUUUCAAUGUUAGACGAGGCCCUGACGAAGGGCGCUCAAAAGGCCGACGCGUUUUUUGGGGAGCUCGACCAGGCGCUGAACCGCGUCAAGCGCGGCGCGGCCUGGCGCGCCUUCCCGCAGGCGGGGAGGCAGCUCUGCGCCGAGUUGAGGGCGCUCGGCGAUUUGCUGGACGCCGUCGCGUCCGACGACGGCGUCGCGUGUUUAGAAAGGACGCGGGCGUGCGUCCGAGCCGCGCGCGACCGGCCGAAGCCGUCGACGUGGUCGCAGUCGACGAGCGCCGACGCGUUGUUGGAUGCUGCCAAACGGCGCGUCGUCGUGAAGGAGAAGCCCCUCGCCCUGAAGGCGUCGGCGGCGCCGAAGCUUGGUCUGCUGGCCGAGGCGUUGAAAGGAGGCGGGUCGUCCUGUGUUAUGGUGGUGACCGACGCGGCGCGGGCCGCGCACGUCGCGCAACAUUUGGGUGACGGGGACGAGGCCUUCUCCAACAGACGCCUGCUGGACUUUUUAAGAAGGGACAACGCGCCGUGGCGGCGCGACGCGCAGAAGCGGCGGACUGUUUUGAGGAAAGCGCUGCUGGACGAGGAGGACCGCCGGAGGAAACGGAAGAAGCGCGGGGCGCCCUCCCCACAAAAUUGGGCCUGCAUCAGAAUAGUGACGCACGCGCAGCUCCUCGAGGCGAGGGACGUGCUGGGCGACGCGAGGCCGGACCGGAUCGUGCUCGUGGACGUGUGCUUCGAGGCCGUGCGGCGCAUCGAGGCCCACGCCACUUUAUAUAAGGUAGACGUCUACGCGCUCAAAUUGGAAGGCGCCGCGGACGAAGCUAGAUUAUCUUCUCUGAUCGCGAAGGAGCGCGACGCGUUCGUGCGGCUCAUCGAUGAGCGGCGGCUCCUCGCGGCGACGUCGGACAUGGAGCGGCGCCAGUCGACGCGCCCGAAGAAGGCUCGAGCGAUCAUCUGCGACGCGCGCGAGUUCCGGUCCUCGCUGCCCUUGGCGUUGUACGGCCGCGGCCUGACGGUCGUGCCCUCGACUUUAGUCGUGGGCGACUACGUCCUGGCGCCGGACGUCGUCGUAGAAAGGAAGAGCGUGAGUGAUCUGCACGGGUCGCUGCAGGGCGGUAGAUUAGCUGGCCAGGCCGACGCGAUGGCGCGCUUCUACCGGACGCCUUUAUUAUUGAUCGAGACGACGUCGUCCCUCAAAGGUACCGCGAGUUACGUGGCAGACACCCAGGAGCAGCCUGAUAAAAAGUGGGCGCCGAAGGACGACCUCCCGUCGACGCGCGCCGUCGAAGCUCGACUAGCGAUGCUCGCCAUGGCCCAGCCGCGCCUCCGCUUCUGCUGGGCUGCUGAUGAUGCCUCCUCUGCAAAUUUAUUCGCCGCCAUCGGCCGGAACAAGCCCGAGCCGUCGCUCGACAAGGCGCGGGCCGCCGGCGCCGCGCCGGACGACGGCGUCGACCGCAACGAGGCCGCCGUGGCGCUCGUCCGCCGCCUGCCGGGCGUCGGCGACCACAACCUGCGCGCUUUGUUGAACGGGGUCGCCUCGCUGGCCGCGCUCGCGGACGCGUCCCUCGAGGACCUCGCGCCGCUGCUCGGGCGGCGCGACGCGGGGCGGCUCUUUUCGUUCCUGCGGCGGCCGCUCGCGGCGGCCGAGCCGUCGCCGGCGGCGCGGCGGCGCGGCUGA